AUGGCCAGCCCCGACGAUCCCAUCUCGCCCUCGUCGUCGAAGCGCUCGCGCAGCAAGGACAGCCUGCGCUCGCUCACCACGUCGUCGCUCAACACCCCCGCCGCCAACACGCCCACGGCCAGCACAAACAGCCUGCUCAACCCGCUGUCUGUCCCCGGCACCCCCGCCACGCAAGACAAUGCUGCCCCCCACGCCAUCCCGUAUCCCGCCUUCCUCGCCUCGACCAGACAUGUCGGCGCCAAGUGGCUUCGCCUCGAAACGGCCCUGGCGGAGCGCUUUCGCGACGCUGCCCAGCCCACAGACGCCGAUGAGCCCUCGAGAUGGGCACGCUGUUGCGGCGAAGACUAUGCUCUGCGCAACCGCUACGGCAACGUCGACCCCUACCAGGCACACCGCGUCCGCCUCGUCGUGCCCGAGGGCCACUUCGACUACAUUAAUGCCUCGCCCAUCGUCCUCGAGACGACCAGCUCGCACACGCCGCUCAAGUACAUCGCCACGCAGGGCCCCAAGGCCGAGAGCUGGUCGCACAUCUGGCGCAUGAUCUGGCACGAGAACACCUCGCCUGCCGUCGUCGUCAUGCUCACGCAGACGGUCGAGGGCUACCGCGAAAAGUGCCAUCCCUACUACCCGCAAUCGCUCGACGAGCCCGACCUGCGCGUCAACGAGCACGACGAGUUCCAGGACGGCCUCAUCCACAACCUGCACUUGGCCUCGUGCACCAUCGACGAGGAGGCGAGGACCCAGGUCCGCGAAAUCGACAUGACGACCGACGACGGCAGCGAGUCCAAGAAGAUCUGGCACCUGCUCUUCGCUGGCUGGGCAGACUUCUCAGUGCCAGAGGGCGACGACCGCGCCGCCAUGCUGAAGCUGAUUGAGAUGUCGCGCGCAAGAAACUCGGACAACACGGCCAACCCGCGCAUUGUGCACUGCAGCGCAGGCAUUGGCCGCAGCGGCACGUUUAUCGCGCUCGAUUGGCUCAUGCAGGAGCUCUACGAAGGCUCGCUGGACAACGUAGCAGAGACCGAGGACCCUGUGGUCAAAGUGGUUGAGAUGCUUAGGGAUCAGCGCCCCGGUAUGGUCCAGUCCAAGGUCCAGUUCCAGUUCAUCUAUGACGUCCUUCGCCACCAGUGGCGCGACCGAUGGCUCACUCAGCAUCCUGACGAAGCAAGCCAACUCGGCCUUGGCAGCGCCGCAGACACGCCUGACAGCGAGCCUGCCCUCAAGCGCCAAAAGUCUGUACACAACGAAGAAGGUUAUCUGUCGCCACCCACUGCAUCGUCCCCGCUGAGCAGCGGGGGUGCAUGCGACUCGCCAGAAGCUCGCGCACAGCUCGAGGCCGAACUCCAAGACGCAGACCUCGAGUACGAAAACGGCAAGACUUAG